CACACAUAUAUAUAUAUAUAUAGGACUACACAGGUUAAGAUAUAGUACACAUUCAUUCAGUGGAGGUUUUUAAUUGGAGGUUAUGUAACAUUCAGAUUAUAGAGUGACAUAGAAAUAUGGGUGGCAGUCCCUCGUUUCCAAUUUCACCGAUCGCGAAAGAUCGAAUUUUUAUAAUAACAGGAGCGAAUACCGGAAUUGGGUAUGAGAUUGCUAAAUGGUCUGCCAUGAUGGGAGCCACUGUGAUCCUAGCUUGCCGGUCAGAGGACAGAGCAAGAAAAGCUAUGGAGACGAUGCAAGAGGAAUUUAAAACUGAAAAAGCAAAAGGAACAAUGGGUUUAACUGAUAGUCCGAUACUUGCUAUUGAAUUCAUGAAACUGGACCUUGCAUCGUUUCAGUCAGUGGUAGAAUUUUGCGAAGAAUUUAAGAAAAGUGGUCGUCAGCUUCAUGUGUUGUUUUGUAAUGCGGGUCUCGGUUUCGGUUCUUAUAAACAAACUGGAGACGGACUUGAAAUAAUGUUGCAGGUUAAUUACCUGAGUCAUUUUAUCAUCAUUGCCAAACUAUUGUCAAUAAUGCGACGGUCUGGAUCGGACUGUCGUAUUGUACUUACGUCCAGUAGCGCUCAUAAAGGUGGGACAUUUGACUUGGCAACAAUGAAUUAUACUGGCACUGCCGGAAACUUUCCAGGGUUGAAUUACUACGGACGGUCAAAACUGUAUCAAAUUAUGCAAGCUUUUGCUAUGUCACGUCGUCUCAAAGACUCAAACGUUACCAUCAACAGCAUGCAUCCUGGCUUUGUAGACUCGGAGCUUUUUAGGGAUGCUGACACAUGCAUUGAGAAAUGUUGUCUUAGGUGUUUUCGAACUUGUGGAGUCAUGAAAAAUACGUUAGAAGGAGCCACCACCGGCAUUGACCUAGCUACAAAUCCUAAGCACACCGGGGUUUCAGGCCACUAUUGGGCGAGCUGUAAGGUCACAACGCAAUCUAGUACGUCACGGGACGAGCAAAAACAGGAGAAAUUGUGGAAAGAAACUUUCCCCUUCAUUCAAAAGUACCUGACGGAAGAGGAGAUUACAUAUCUGGAGGAAAAAUCUCAGGACCAUUUGCGUUUGGAGAUCUAGGAAUCUAUGGAAAUAUGUUGUUGGAGAAUAUUAAUGUGUUACACUGCGGGCAAGCCUUUUAAAGUUUACAUGUACUUUCAUUUUUAUAUAUGUUCUUUUUUAUAUUGAUACCGGCUUUGAAAAAUACAAAACUUAGGUGCAUUUAGUGGUACGCUUCUUCAAGGAUGUUGUAUGUGAACUGUAUGGCAGAUACAAAAUACAAUGAAACCGGAAGGAAAAAAGAAAGCCAAUGUAACUAGCAAAGAUGAAGAAAUCUGUUUUUCCAAAUUGUAUAAAUGUAUGUUCUUGUGUAUUAAGAAAUCUUUGCCUGGCUAUCAGCUUUAAUAUA